GGAAGGUUUGUAUCAGUAUCUACAUAUCAUAGCCUAUCAUGCUCGCCGUCAGCCUGAAUGGACACGAAUACAUCAAUAAACAACUUCAAUGAAGGUAUGUAAGAUAUUAUCUACUGGAUAAGCGCGUGAAUAAAAAAUAUCGGUACUGUCCAUUAACCGGUGUUGAUAAGUGCUUUGCUUCCACUGGACUACUUAGAUAAUUUAUUCUUGCAGAAAAGCUUAAGCUCGGCAAAGGGAAAUCUUCCAUGCGUCAAACUCGUGACCUCUUAGAGCUUAAGGCUUUCAUCCAACGCUGUCGACGGGCAGAUCUUGAUAAACUUAUAAAGUUAACCAAUCUUCCUCGUGGAGGUCUAAAGCAGGAUAUUCAAUUGAGACUUAUUUCCUACCUGGACCAGGAUCCUUCCACAGAAUUUCUUUCUGCCCUUCAUGAACUGAGGGGAUUGAUGUAUAGUCCUGUCAACUUACAGUUUCAACAGUCAAAUGGGAAUUUCGACCCCCACUGUCCGUCAAACGAUCUUCCGUCAUCGUUUGUGUAUUUAAGAGACCCUACCAUUCGUUGUUCUACAGAAUCGUCAAAGAAUAGUUCAGGACCGAAUCCAUGUGUGACAGGUACAAAAACAAGCUGUGUAUUACAGAAAGAGCAGUUGUGUCACAACCCUUACGUUGUACAACCGAAUACAAGUGUUUUUGAACAAUCAUCUCCAGAUGAAUUAAAUUCUACGAGAAGCAGGCAACAAAAAUCUCAACAAACAGUUUCAUCCAAUGAACUCACACAAAGUUCACUGUUUCCAGGGAAUCCUGUGAUUAACCCAUCAGUUUGGUCAUCUUGGGAGUCUGUUAACAAGUUGUUACCUGAAAACCGAGUAACGACAUCUCAAUCUUACACAUCUGGGAAGUCCCAAAAUUUUAAUCCCCAUUCUCAAACAAAUGUUGCCCUUCCUAUCCCUAUUCUAUCCAAUUCAGCUAUGUCAGAUGGGCAUUCAGAAAUACAUGUGCACUCUGAAUGUCCUCAGAGUUCAAUCCACACACUCAGUACAGACUCAAGAAAAGCUGCUGUCACACACAAAAUAGGUCCACUUAUAACAUUGGCUGGAGUUGAUGGAUCGUUUCGGCUUCCCGCUGUUUUACCUGAAUUCAAUUUCAAAGAGUCUCCAUUUUUCAAACUGAUCGAUGUUCUUUUACCUCCGCAAAUCAUUCUCCCGGCCCACAUUGGUUUUGCUACUGGACGUCGAUCUUAUGACCGUUCUUUGGCCUUGAGGUUCACAUCUGACCAAGUCGAAACCAUUACUUAUCACUGCUGGCGUGGAUCUGAUGAACGAAUGGAAUUCGGAGUGCAAGUUAUUAUGCGUUUUGCUCGUCUAGAUCCCCAAGCCUGCCAACAUCUAGUACAGACAUAUGAGUUGUAUGGUAGUCGCAAGUCAUCUAGUUUAUCAUUGGAUAAACUCAUUCAAAUACCAUUAGCUGAAGAUAGUUUACCAGUUCAUUUGAUAAUCCAAGUAAAUGGUCGGCCUAUCCAACUCCCACCUCUUUUACCAAGUAAUCGUCCAGGAAUGGAUGGACGUCGUAAUCCUAGACCUAUUAAUAUCACUCAGUCUCUUCACGUUUCCCCUACUGUUCCAAACUAUAUUAAAUUAACUUGGACUCAUGAUUAUUCUAGCUAUACUUAUAAUGUUGUUGGAAUAUACUUGAUGCGUAGACGUUCGCCUCAACAAUUAUGUGGUCUUCUACAUUCGACUUCAUUUCAAAAUGCUAGUGUAAUGAAAAUGGAAAUCAUAAAAAAACUUAGUCCUAACGCUACCACUGGUAAUAUUGGUAGUGUUAACAACCAAAGUCAGUCUUUAACCCGUAAUGAGAAUGACGAUGAUGAUGAUGACGAUUUAGUUAUGCCAAAUACACUUCCUGUUCAACUUCUUUGUCCUUUAUCUAAAUGUCGUAUUGAAGUACCUGUACGUGGACGUAAUUGUCGUCAUGUUCAGUGCUAUGAUGCAACAACUUAUCUUAUAAUUAAUGAACGUAAACCAACUUGGAAUUGUCCUGUAUGCGAUGGUAAAGCUGUUUACGAAGAUUUGAUAGUUGAUGGUUUAUUCUUAGAAAUAUUGAAUUCUAAACGUUCUCAAGAUUUAGAAGAAAUUAUAUUUCAUUCGGAUGGUUCUUGGUCGGCCCUAGGCGAAGAAAUGGCUUCUAAUCAAUCAGAAAAUACUAAUGAUAAUAAUACUAAUAAUAGUAAUAGUAGAAAUCCAUCUGAGCCAUCUCCGUGUACUGAUUAUAAUCAAUUAUAUAGUUUACAAGAAAGCCCCUAUGCUUCAAGUCACAUUACUUCAAAUUCAAUUAGGUCAGCUACUGAUUCAGCUGGUUCUUCAUUUGUACCAUCAUUUAAUACUUUGUCUCCUGCUAGUUCAAUAAAUUCGUUGUCUAAUCCAAACAAUUCCUAUCCUAAUACAUUAUCAAUGUCUCCUGCACUUGCUGUACGAGCUGCAGCAAUUACACCAUUGAUAAGGAAUGAUGUGGACAAUAUUUCUGCCCCAAAUACAACAAAAACUACUUCUACUACUAGUACUACCAUUAAUACUAAUUAUCAGGCCUCGGUUACUGUUCAAUCUUCACGAGAUAAAGAACAAAAUCAGUAUAUAUCCCAAGAGAUUCCCUCCUUCACUAUUGACUUAACAUUAUCUGAUGAUGAAAAUGAACAACAGGGCAUAAGUGCUCGAGAAACUGCAAGUAGCAUUCAAGUUCCUACAAAGGACAAUAAUUCUUCUUCGCGUCCUAUAAAUACAGUUACAUCGUAUUCUUCUUCAUCAUCAUCGUCAUCAUCAUCUUUAUCACCGCAAUUCCCUCCUAGUGAUUUAUCUCAAUCGUCACAUUAUUCUGAAAACAAUUAUCAACAUCCAUUCUCAUUAAAUACGAGUAAUAAACCGUCUUCAACACCAUUAUCAAGUACUUCUAACUCUAAAAGUUCUAAUCAGUCGAGUUCCAUACCUCUUGUUUAUUCAUCACAACCAAAUUCCACACAAUCAGUUAGUGUUAGUCAAAAUCUUGGAGUCCCUAAUGUUUCUGUAACGAAUGUCCCUUCAAAUCAAAGGCGUUAUCCUCCUGUUAGCAGUGAACAGAAACUAGUACAAGGACCGGCUACUAGCAUACUUUGUUCUGCUACUAAAUCAGAUGUUCCUGUUAGUUUACCUUCAAUUGUCACUUCAGCAUCAUGUGGAGGUAAACGUCCAAGCUCAUCAGAUUAUAAUUUUUCAUCGUUGAAUUUCUAUCAAUCUGGGACUCAAUCUGUAAGUAAUAAUCAUGGGUUACGUUACAGUCCAACCGUUCACACUACAUCUGUUUCAAAUGAAUCCGGUCAGUAUUCUUUUCCAAUAGCAAAAGUACCUCGGAUUGAAAUUCCACAUAGUCAACAUUAUGGAUCGUCUUCAACGCAAUCUCAGGGAUCCUAUUCUAAUAAUAAUAAUAAUGGUUAUAAUAAUUCUAGACGGUGUACAAAUAGUCCAUCUGGCUCAAAUUCGUAUACAUAUCAUUCCAAUAUAACUCGACAGAUGCCAUCUGAUGGAUAUCAUAGCAGCAGACUUACGUCGUCAACAUUCCAUUCAGGUCAAUCUUCCGAUCAUUUUUAUCCCAAUGAACAUACAACAAAUACAAGUAGUCGAUAUACAUAUUAUAAUCCUAAUGAAUCUGGCAGUAAUAAUAGUAAUACUAAUCGAACAUACUGCUAUUAUCCAUCCUCAAGACAUGUUAGUUAUCCUACAUCCGAUUCUGGAACAAUUUAUCCAUAUAAUAGACAACCAUCAUCUCAUAUUCGCAGUCCUUACGAAACUCACCACAGAAAUGUAAUAAAUAACUCUUUGCCAAGAGAUACACUUCAUCAUAAUUCACAAAUGAGGUCUUCUGAUAUAACUAAUUCAACAUAUUGUGGUAACUCAGUUGACUCACGUAGAGGAUUUCAUUGACGUUGCUUUAAAAUCGAUUUUCCUGAUAAAAAAGAAGAUAACCGUUUCAUUAUUUCUGAUGAAUUCUUCUUUCUCUGUUAAUUGAAUGUACACAUUUUUCAAUAAUUUACUUUCUUUCUACCUUUUUAUCUUAAGCAAAAGAUUGAUUUGUAAAUAUCAUUCAUUUUUGUAGACAAUAAUAACUCAUUGCGCUUAUUGCCUUCUCUUUUUAAUGUAUAACAGAAUUUACACAGAUUACAUUUGCAUUUUCUUUUCCAUGUUGGUUUUUCUGUAAAUGAUUUUUAUUUUUAUGUAGACUACUUAAUAAAUAAACUGUAACAGGAUUAUUUAUCUAUCGUAUAUAUACAGUUAAUCUUUCUAUUUUCUACUGCCCACUGCUGUGACAUUAUGUCAACUGACGAAGUUUAGUAAAAAAAGCAUGGAUAAAUCAAAAACUAUAGUUUUUUUACUUUUAAAUACUUCUUUACUCUGUUAUCGACAUCAUUCGUUUUGAUUAGACGGUGUACACUUGAAAUUAAGAUGAAUAUGUAGAUGUACAUAUAUCUUAUCAGCGCUAUUUUAAACUUCAACACUCUAAUUAUGGUACAUGUUACAUGAAGUUUCCUUAUAAAGGGCGCCAUAUUUAUUACCGCAUUUUUCUAUCAGAUUAUUGUUCAUCUGUUAUUAACUAGGCUUAUUAAAUGACCAACCAAUUCAUUAUAUAUAGUUUUAUUUAUCUACCUUGUUGUAUAAAAUACAGUUAUGUCUAUUAUUAUCAUUAUCAUUUUAUUCAUGUUGUCUCUCUUCAAUUUGAUUGUAAUCAAAUCUAAGUGAAUGUCUACGUAUAUUCUCUUGUUUAUGUUGAGUUUAUAACUAUAUUCUUUGUAAAUGUUUUAAAGUAUUAGCGUAUUUCAGCUAUGUUUAUUUAAGGGAAACACGUGAUUUGUAUAAAAGAGACUUGAACUUGUAUAAAACUAGUUUCCUUUUUCUUUCAUGUUUCAUGCUUGCCGGAUUGUUGUUUUCAUUGUAAGUUUUUGUGCAUGGAUAAUUUUAAUUAAUCCACUUCAGUUAUAUUUAGGUGCGGUUUUCUCAUGGAUAUGUUCACUAAAACGUCUACUGAAAUCAUUUUGUAUUAAUCAUCAAUAAAAAUUAGUGAUCUAUUGCAGCUCUUGGUGUAUAAGCGUUUAAUUUUCAUCAUUUUAUGCCUCAUGUUAUGUUUAUUUCUACUUAAACAUCCAAAUUGUUUCAUUAGCCUCCACAGUACUUGUAGUUCAUUGCUAAUUACUUAAACCGGUCACUAAGUUCCGUCAGAAUUUAAUUAUGUAGUCUUUUAUGCAGAGGACUGUCAGUCAUUAUUCUUUGGAUCCAAAAAACGUUAUACUGUCUCAUUAUUGUGGUUUGUUAACUAUGAAUGUUUCAUUUGCUGACUGCAUUGAUGCUCAUUUGGAAUCCACUGUAAGAAAGUGUGCGUUUAUCUGUUUGAAGAUUGAGAUUUGAUGAUAAAUUUACCAAGAACUAAGGCUUGAAGUGGUUUCAUGUCAGAAUGGCAUUGUAGAUUAAGGCUUUAAUCGAUAUCACUAAAGAUAUGCAUUCAUCAUAAAUCCAAUCUAUAAAUCUUUAUCCCGAAUGUAAUUAUUUCAUCUGUAGACCAACGUUUUUUGCUUUCACCGAUAACACGCCUUAACGAGAUGACGAGAUAACAUUAACUCCUGUUGCUAUAACAUACCUAUUCACACAAUGAUUAGGACUAUCAGUUGUAGCAAAUGUAACUGAAGAAAAUCGAGUUUCAUCAGUUUUUUUAAGGGAAUCGGGAACGUCCUGCUAACCGAGUUGUCAAAGAUACCGUUGUGGUGUGUGCUACUUAUAUUGUCAUAAGUAAUAUAUGACGUUAGUCGUGAACAGAAGGUCUGACAGCAGAGAGACAAGAGGAUCGAACAGUAAAGAAUGGAAACAGGAUGCAAUUUGUAUAAAAAUGUAAGAACAAUGAAUUCUGAGUCAUUUUGAGACAACUGGUUAACAUUUUGCAAAUUAAGCAUUUACUUUGUGAUUGUUAGAUUUUAUUAACAAGUCCUGAAAUUGUGUGUUAAGUACAUUCGAUUGUCCCCACUGGUGUUCUUGUUCACUACACCGUUAGCUAAGAUCUCAUAUUUUCUAGAUUUUUACUUAUUUGUUAAGUGUUUUCAAUAAAUUCAAAAUAAAGGAAUUGCUAUGUACCAUUGACCGUGUGGUAUGUGCUACUUAUGUCGAUAGAUAUAAGUAGUAUGUAACGCCAGUUGGAAGUGGAAAACAUGGCAAUAGAAGGCUAUGAAGGUUGACUUGAAGAAAAUGGAAGCGGAAUCAUAAAGGAAUGGUGAAUCAGAAGAAUCAUACAAAACAUGAAGGACAAAUGUUGGAAAUUUGCAAAUGAAGCAUUUCAUUUAUGGUUCUCGUAAUUUGCCAAGACUUUCUGUAAUUUUGUAUUAAAAUGCAUUUGGUCAUCCCCAUCUGGAUCUUUGUUCAUUACAACUGACCUAAGCAGGAAAAAUUAACUUAUGAAGCCUGUGCAUUUUUAACAGCUCGUCCAUUUAUUUUAGUUCCAAGGAAUAUGUUAGGAGUUGUAGCAAUAACAUUCUCUACUAGGUUUACCUUCUGAUUCAAUAUUUUUCUACUAGCCAUCUUUCUCUGAACCUAUUUACAUAUCUACAUUUAAGAAUAUUACGUUGUUGUGACGGGCGGUGUCCGCACUUUGAUACUAAUAUACGCGGUGUGCUAUGCGCUAACCCCAAAAACUGAAUACUUGAGCGGAAAAGUGUAUUAGGCUACCGAAUAAAAUGCCCAAAUACUCACUCACAGAUAUACCACUCUGAUCCUUAUGAAAUCGAUCCAUUUCUUAGCCAAUGAUAUGGCUAUAUGGUCCUAUGGAUAAACGUUUAUCAGGAAGUAAACUUUUAAUUUACAGUUUAUGUUACUUAGGAAAGUAGAUACCUACUUCUGUUGAACACGUACGUAGCUAAUGUAUGUUUUGUCUUAUUCAACAGCUAAGAUAUAAAGUAUCAAUCAUUUUGCACAAAAGUUUAUAGAUAAUACCUUAAAGAGUCCUUUAGACUUGCUAUUCAUGAGCUCGAUU